UGCUAAUGAACGGAGUUGCCCGGCGGGCGAGCUAGGAACUUCAUACUCCAUUCUCAGUGUCAGGAUCGCAGGAAUUAUGCCCCUUCUUUCACCAUGAGCUGGCUCUCCAACUCCCAGGGAGUGGUUCUAACUGCCUACCACCACAGCAGCAAGGACCGGGCCGUGGCGGGUAGCCAUGGCCAGGGAGGGGAGGAAGCCACCUCGAGUCGUAGAUAUGGCCAGUACACUAUGAACCAAGAAAUCACCAAAGUAAAGGAGAAGCCUCCAUUUGAUCGCUCAGGUUCCCAGGAUUCUGUGGAUGAACUACAUAUGGAGGACUAUUGGACCGAAGUAGAAAAUAUCAAGAAAUCUAGUGAGAACAGACAAAAUCAAGAGGUCGUGGUUGUCAAAGAGCCUGAUGAGGGCGAAUUGGAAGAAGAGUGGCUUAAGGAGGCCGGUCUGUCUAAUCUCUUUGGAGAGUCUGCUGGAGACCCCCAAGAUAGCAUGGUGUUUUUAUCAACAUUAACCCGGACCCAGGCAGCAGCGGUUCAGAAACGGGUUGAGACUGUCUCCCAGACUUUAAGGAAAAAGAACAAACAGCACCACAUUCCCGAUGUCAGAGACAUAUUUGCUCAACAGACAGAGUCAAAAGAAAAAGCUCCAGAUGGUACUGAAUCGCAGUCAGUCAGAACAAAUGAAAACAAAUACCAAGGAAAAGAUGACCAGGCAUGUGGCCUAGUUGAUGGAGAAAAGAAGCUGAUCCCACUGGUGCCUGAGGAGGCACCUGCUUCUGAAACAGAUAUCAACCUGGAGGUGUCAUUUGCGGAGCAAGCCGUCAAUCAGAAGGAGAGCUCCAAGGAUAGGACCCAGAAGAGCAAAGGCAACGAUGCCCUGACACCUAGUUUCAGAGUGCCAAAAGACAAAACAGGCACCACCAGGAUUGGCGACCUAGCGCCCCAGGACAUGAAGAAGGUUUGCUAUUUAGCCCUAAUUGAACUGACGGCCCUCUAUGAUGUACUGGGUGUUGAACUGAAACAACAAAAAGCUGUGAAAAUUAAAACAAAAGAUUCUGGCCUUUUUUGUGUUCCAUUAACAGUAUUGUUAGAACUUGAUCAGAGGAAAGUACCAGGAACUCGAAUACCCUUGAUAUUUCAAAAACUAAUUUCUCGAAUUGAAGAGGGCGGUUUGGAAACUGAAGGCCUCUUAAGAAUACCUGGAGCUGCUGUUAGAAUCAAGAAUCUUUGCCAAGAACUAGAAGCAAAGUUUUAUGAAGGGACUUUUAAUUGGGAAAGUGUCAAGCAGCACGACGCGGCCAGCCUGCUGAAGCUCUUCAUCCGGGAGCUGCCCCAGCCGCUGCUCAGCGUGGAGUACCUCCACGCCUUCCAGGCUGUCCGCGAUCUUCCAACCAAGAAGCAACAGCUACAAGCUUUGAACCUCCUCGUCAUCCUCCUGCCAGAGGCGAAUCGAGACACACUGAAGGCCCUGCUUGAAUUUCUCCAAAGAGUAAUAGACAAUAAAGAGAAAAAUAAGAUGACAUCCAUGAAUGUGGCGAUGGUCAUGGCCCCGAAUCUCUUCAUGUGUCAUGCGUUGGGUUUGAAGUCCAGCGAACAGCGAGAAUUUGCAAUGGCAGCUGGGACAGCUAAUAUCAUGCACUUACUUAUUAAGUAUCAAAAACUUCUGUGGACAAUUCCCCAGUUUCUUGUCAACCAAGUGAGAAAGCAAAACACCGAAAAUCUCAAAAAAGAUAAAAAGACAAUGAAGAAAUUGCUGAAGAAAAUGGCGUAUGACCGAGAAAAAUAUGAAAAGCAGGACAGGAGUACAAAUGAUGCUGACGUUCCUCAGGGAGUGAUUCGAGUGCAAGCUCCCCAUCUUUCGAAAGUUUCCAUGGCAAUACAGCUAACUGAAGAACUAAAAGCCAGUGAUGUACUUGCCAGGUUUCUCAGCCAAGAAAGUGGGAUUGCCCAGACUCUCAAGAAAGGGGAAGUUUUUCUGUAUGAAAUCGGAGGGAAUAUUGGGGAGCGCUGCCUCGAUGACGACACGUACAUGGAGGACUUGUAUCGGCUCAACCCGCAGGCCGAGUGGGUAAUAAAGCCCAAGCCGUCGUAGGAGACUUGGGCUGCGGAUAACUGCAAGGACUUCUUUGGUGAUGCUUGCUGGGUCAAGUGUGUAAAUAAAAGAAACAGCAGGACUCUUAUUAUUCAAAUGUACCCAACCAUGGAAUAGUAACACUCUCAAGCCUUAAGAAGUGAUAGAUUUGUGCUGCUGCCAGAAUUGUAUUAAUUAUUAUUAUUAAUAUUAUUAGAAAAUAAUUAUCUCUGGAGUGAGAGGAAAGUGGCUUAAUUAGCUUGUAGGCUGUUUUCAUAAACUCUGUAAAAUGUGCCCAGAUGUGACAUAGUGUUUUUUAUAUGAAAUAUACCCUCUUCUCUUUCACUUUUUAUUUUGUAAAAUCAUAUACACAGUAAUAUAUGCUUUCUUCCCUUUCUCUCCUCCUCACAUUUGCCUUCCCCCCAUUAGGGUUGCUUUUUAACCAAAAUGAGAACCAGUACUAGGUAUGGCAACUUGUGAAGACAGUACGUGUUAAAACAGCCUGAAUUCAACAGUAUUCCUGUGACUACUGAAUGCUGAAUAUUCAUCUCCUUGAAUCAUUUGUUCAAACAAUAACAUUCCACUUCUCCCUGCUGUAUCGUAUGAAGUGAUUUGCAUUUUUUCAGUUCAUCUGACAUAUGUGCACAGAACUGUACCCACUAUCAAGAAAAUAGAACUGUCAGAAACUGCCAGUUAUUAUUGAACCAUUAAAGACUUGUAUCCUAAAAAUAAAUAAAAUAUAUCCAUGUGGAUAACUGGAUUAUGGAUAAUAAGAAUGUGAAAGCCAAAUCACUUCACGUAUGCUGUCCUCUUCUAAAUGAAAUUUAAAAAGUCGUACCUAGCUUUACCUAUUGUCAUACCAGCAAGAUAAAUAUGCAUAAGAGUCUAAUCCAGUAAUGGUUGAGAAUAUAUUCUACAGAAAGGGAUUUUUUUAAACUUAUAAAUAAGUCUGCAGGAAGAGUUAUUCUUCUGGGCAUGAUACAGUCAUAUGAACAAGGUUUUGUUUGUAUACUUAUUUUAAAUAAUCAGAGUAAAUUUAUUAAAAUGCUGUGGAAAGUACUAUUCCCAGGGAUUUUAAUGCACAAACCAUACUGUGACAAGAGAUGAGCCUUUGUACUGUAAAUAAGAGGAAUAAAGUGAGAGAAAAAUGUUCAAUAUUUUGUGAGUUUAGAGUGUAGUAAAUAAAAGGUGAUGGAAAUGAAUGCAGCACACACUGUGUUUAUGAUACUGUUGGUAGUACUUUAGGACAAAUUACACAUUCUCAGGAGCUCUUGAUGUCACUCUAAUUAGGGAAAAUGCUGUUAAUGAGAACAGUCAUAAAUUUUUUGCCUAUAAUUACAACAGCCUGUGGAUAUGAUCAGUUAACAUU